UUAACUUUUAAAUUAAAGUACAGAGAGGCGGCUGGCCGCUCUAUAUUCAUUACUAAAGCACAUAUUUGCAUAGCAGUCAAGUUCCUGUAGCAACCUGGGCACCUCUGAUAACAUUAGCCGGACGACUGCACAUACUGUAACCCCAGGGACACAAUGCUGAGGAAAAGGGAUAAAGUUUGCAAACUCUACACGCUAGAAAACAUCUGGAGUGCUGUGCUUCUCUAUGGGCUGCUUACAAAGGCUGCACGAGCUUACAACAUAGAUGUGUCCAGCCCUGUGGUUUUUAAAGGGCUUAGUGGCUCAUUAUUUGGAUAUUCUGUUUUGUUGCAUAGCAAUGAGGAUGAAAAAUGGCUUGUAGUUGGUGCCCCUCAAUCCAACAUCACCAGUAAUGUUAAUAGCCCGGGGGUCAUUUACAGAUGCAGAAUUGGAGACAACCCAAACAAAACGUGUGACCCACUGAGACUUGGUAAUGCAAACAGAGGGUCUUGUGGAAAAACCUGUCUAGAAGAGCAAGACAACCAGUGGCUGGGAGUCAGUUUAUCUAGACAAGCAACGAAAAAUGGAAAAAUAUUGGCCUGUGGACAUAGGUGGAAGAAUAUAUAUUAUAUGAAAGUUGAACACAAACUUCCACAUGGAAUAUGCUAUGGAAUUCCUUCUAAUUUCAGGACAGACCUAAGUUCAAGAUUUUAUCCAUGCUAUAGAGAUUACGUUAGAAAGUUUGGAGAUGGUUACGGAUCAUGUCAAGCUGGAAUUUCUAGCUUUUACACAGAGGACCUAAUCAUUUUGGGGGCCCCAGGAUCGUACUACUGGACUGGGUCUGUAUUUGUGUACAAUACUACUGAGAAUACCUUCAAGUCAUAUGUGGAUACCAAUAACUCUGUACAGUUUGGCAGUUAUUUAGGGUACUCAGUUGGUGCUGGACAUUUUCUUAGACCCAACAGUUAUGAAGUUAUUGGAGGAGCUCCUCAACAGGAACAGAUUGGUAAAGUGUACAUUUUCACAUAUGAGACUAAGCAACUGCUUAUUUUGUUUGAAGCCAAAGGUAAAAAGAUUGGUUCAUACUUUGGAGCUGCUGUUUGUGCCGUUGACUUGAAUUCGGACGGUCUGUCAGAUUUGCUGGUCGGAGCGCCAAUGCAAAGUACAGUGCGAGAAGAAGGAAGAGUUUAUGUCUUUAUGAAUACAGGGGGUGGGAAAAUGAAAGAACUUGACAUUGAACUUUCAGGAAGUGACCUAUAUGCUGCCAGAUUCGGAGAAACGAUAACUAACCUCGGAGACAUUGAUAACGAUGGUUUUGAAGAUGUUGCUAUAGGAGCGCCGCAAGAGGACGACCUUCAAGGAGCUGUGUAUAUCUACAAUGGAAGAGAAAAGGGGAUAACAGUUGCAUAUUCCCAGAGAAUUGUGGGCAGUCAGUUUGGUUAUGCGUUAAGCAUGUUUGGACAAUCGGUAUCGGGGGGACUUGAUGCAGAUGGAAAUGGAUAUCAAGAUGUAGCAAUUGGAGCCUUCCUCUCUGACUCUGCCGUGCUGCUGAGAACAAGACCUGUGGUUAUUGUUGAUGCCUCUUUAAAGUUGCCAACUUCUGUGAAUCGGACAAAGUUUGAAUGCAUAGAACAUGGGCAACCGGCGGUGUGUAUGAAUGUUACCGUCUGCUAUAGGUAUCAAGGGCUUGAUGUACCUGGGUACAUUGUUUUGCACUAUAACAUCAGCUCUGAUAUUAAAAGAAAACCUGGGACUCCUGCAAGAUUUUAUUUUAUUUCUAAUGGAACUUCAGAUGGGAUUUCAGGAACAAUUGAAAUAUAUCACAAAACUGGAAACUGUAAAACACAUCAAGUAUUUAUGAGGAAAGACGUAAGAGAUAUCCUUACUCCUGUACAUAUGGAAUCUCAUUACUAUCUUGGAAAGCACAUUGUAUAUAAAAGAAGUGCAGAUGAAAUGGAACCACUUCAGCCAAUUCUUCAACAGAAAGAAGGGAUGGGAAAUGUGCUGAGGUCUUCGGUUUCUUUUGCUAGGUACUGUGCCUUAGCAAACUGUUCUGCAGACCUACAAAUCACAGGGCAGCUUUCUUUUUCAAAGUUAUUUGAAAACAAAACAUACCUUGCAGUUGGCAGCAUGAGAACUAUAAUGAUCAAUGUUUCUUUGUACAAUGCUGGAGAUGAUGCGUAUCAAUCAACUCUUCAAAUGCAUCUCCCAAAAGGAAUUUAUUUUACAAAAGUUCUAGAUUUGCAAGAAAAACAGAUGAACUGUGCAGUCAAUGACGAAGAUGACCAGUUGAAUAGAUUAGACUGCAAUGUUGGUCAUUUUUAUGUUGAUUCACUUUCAAAGCAUCAGUUUUCAUUUCUCUUGGAUGCAAGUUCCCUUACCAGAGCAGAAGAUGACCUGAACAUAACCAUAACAGUAAACUGUGAAAAUGAAAUGAACGAAGAAACCUUAUGGAAUAAUGCUUUAUAUUUUAUGGUACCUACAAGAUAUGAAGUGCAACUCAAUGUUAUCGGAAAGGUAACACCUUUGUCAUUUGUAUUUGGACCAUCUGAAGAGGCAUCACAAGACUUGUGUAAAAUGGAGAAGAUAACAUAUAGUUUCAAUGUUAUUAAUGUCGGAUUAAGCCUCGCUCCUGCUGCACAGCUUGAGAUAAUGAUACCAAAUACCUUUGCUCCAAAUGACAUGAAGUUGUUCAAAGUUACUGAAGUUAAGUCUACAGCUGGAGAAUGCUAUUUUAAGAACUAUACAAAAGGCUGUGAAACACAACAGAACAGUCGAUCAAAACUUGGGGAUCUAUUCGCCUUCAUUUCUAUGGCUGACAGAAGAGUAUUGUACUGCAUGAAAGAAGAUCAUUCCUGUUUACAAAUUAUUUGCUCAUUUGGAGAUAUGGAAAGUGAAGAUGAAGCAACAGUGGAAGUUCACCUUGAGAUAAAUCCAUCUCACCUAGAAAAUGAAGAUUAUGAAUUACUGCAGUUUUUAACAACAGUUACAGCAGGCUCUGGAAAUAAUUCAAAGGUCAUUAACAUUAACCAAGACCAGGGAGCAUAUGUAUUAAUGGAAGCACUACAUAAUCAAAAGCCCAAACGACACGUCAUCUACUUGAUAAUAAUUUUCAGUUUACUAUCAGGCGUUGCUUUAUUUUUACUACUAACAUACGCUUUAUGGAAGGUUGGAUUCUUUAAAAGAAAAUACAAACCUAUAGAGCCAGACUCAAGCAGAAGACAAAGUUGGAACUAUGUUAAUAAAGAGGACAAUACAAAAGAAAAAUUAAAAUAAUUCUAUUCUUUGGUUUAAGAGUGGAAAUAUAUGUGUAUAAUACAUAAAUUAUAUCAAAAACAUCAAUGCAAAGAAAACAUUAUUGUGUUUUUAUGAAAGAGUACUGUUCAUUUGAUAUACUAUUUAUCUGGUCUUGCUAAGAUGAAGAUCUAUUAAUACGUUCCGUGAUUAUAUAUAUAUAUAUAUGUAUAUUUUUUAAUAUUGAAAAUGCACUGUUGCUUACAAGUGAAUAUAUGCAACCAUGAAUCUCAGGAAUGAAUUAUUCACACAAUGGAUAAUUUACCAUAGCAUGAACAGAAUUUAUAAAUAGUUUAUCUUAGUGAUUUCUACAUACACAACUCAGUAGUCCUCUUUAUAUAGAAAGACGUUUUCAAGAGCUCUAAUUAUACUUAGUGAAGAUUGUAUAGUUUGAUCUCGUUCUGAGCAGUUCACCAAUAAGAUGAUUUUGCACUUUUUCUCACCUUCCUUUUCAGCAUGAGACAUAAGUCACCUUACCUCCAGCAUUUUACCUACCCAGUACAAGAAUGGAAACAGUUAUUCUCAGUUAUUCUUCAAAGUUUUGUUUUACAACACUAACAUACCUAUUAAAUGUAUUGGUCAAGUCUAGGUUACUUCCAGGCUAACUGCUAUAUUUUUAUACGUAAGGCAUUCUUCAAGGACAUUAACAAGCGUUGGGUGAAAGUGAUAAUUGUUUGUUCUUUGUGAGUUGGGUAUAAAAAUAGCUUGGACUGUUAAAGGGACAGUUUAGUCAAACUUAAACUUUCAUGAUUCAGAUAGGGCAUACAAUUUUAAACAACUUUCCAAUUUACUUUUAUCAUCAAAUUUGAUUUGUUCUCUUUUGGAUUAUUAUUUGUUGAAAGUUAAACCUAGGUAGGCUCAUAUGCUAAUUUCUAAGCCCUUGAAGGCCGCCUCUUAUCUCAGUGCAUUUUUACAGUUUUCACAGCUAGACAGCCUAGUUCAUGUGUGCCAUAUAGAUAACAUUAUGUUCACUCCCAUUGAGUUAUUUAUGAGUCAGCACUGAUUAUUGGCUUAAAUGCAAGUCUUUCAAAAGAACUGAGAUAAGGGGGCAGUCUGCAGAGGCUUAGAAACAAGGAAAUCAUAAAGGUGAAUAGUGUAUUAAUAUAACAGUGUUGAUUAUGCAAAACUGGGUAAUAAAGGGAUUAUCUAUAUUUUAAACAAUAAGCAUUUUUAAGUAGACUGUCCCUUUAACAUUGGUUCAAAACCAACGGAUCAGGCUCACCAUCAAGCCAGGGUAAAACAGUUUAAUGAUAAGUGCUUACAGAAACAUUGUUCUCAGAAUGCAAUGUUAUUUCCUGCGUAUGAUUAAGCAGCAAUUAAAAAUAUGAAUAACAAUAAUAGUUUAAACGUGUUUACAGUUCAAUUGAGAAUGCAGGUUUGUGCACAGCUACUGCCAAUGAUUAAUAACAACAAACCUCACAUCUAGUUUGGGUGACAAAUCAUAAAAAAAAAAAAGAUAAUUUAUACAACACAGGAACAUCAAUUUAUUUUAACAAAUGUAAGACAUUUGUGAAUGCCCUUUUUAUAUGGACCAAAAAAAGAAAGCAAAAAAUGAGCACAAUUUUUUGUUAAUUAAAAGCAGAUGAAAAAUUAACCUAUUGUGAGCAGAGGAUAUUAUUUAACAGACGUGUUAGGGGCUUGUGAGCAUUAGACAUUUGAAACUACAUUAUGUUCCAUAUAGAAUUCAAUGUGAUCUUGCCAUGCUUCUUGCUAAAGUUAAAGGGACACUGAACCCAAUUUUUUUAUUUCGUGAUUCUGAUAGAGCAUGACAUUUUAAACAACUUUCUAAUUGACUCCUAUUAUCAAAUUUUCUUCAUUCUCUUGGUAUCUUUAUUUGAAAUGCAAGAAUGUAUAAGUUUAGAUGCCGGCCCAUUUUUGGUGAACAACCUGGGUUGUCCUUGCUAAUUGGUGGAUAAAUUCAUCCACCAAUAAAAAGUGCUGUCCAGAGUUCUGAAAAAGCUUAUUUUUUCAAAUAAAGAUAGCAAGAGAACGAAGAAAAUU